GAGCAUCCCAUGGUUUGUAGAUGUCCACACCGCCGAAGACGCCACCACAUCUUCCUCAGAGACAAGACCCGAAGAGCACCUCAUUGGAUCGUCCCCCAGACCAGAGGCUCCUCUGCCCUGCCCAGCACCUCUGUAGUCCCAUCUCCCUUCCAACUCCCAAAUCACCAAAGAAGCCCAAGAUACAGAUGGCUGGGGAAAUAUUCCCUACUGACUGGAGCCCCCCACCUGUAGAGUUCCUAAACCAGAAGGCGCUGCAGACCCAGUGGGUGGGUGCGGCAGGCCCUCAGGGCCGGAAGAGACUGCCCAAGGAGUUGGAGCAGAAGCCCUUGGACUUAGACUCAAAGCAGGGUAUGACCUCACUGGAGGAACUGUUCUGGAACAUGGCAAGCCCAAGCCAGCAGCCUGGGACCCCCAAAAAGGGCAGCCACACCGACACUUCUGGGAGCUCGGAGAACUACGUCAACAGCUUGGAUUACUUACUGCAAGAGAAGAGGGAACAGGCCCUGGACCAGAAGUGGGAGAAGCUGCUGCAGCGGGACCGGCCUGACCCUGAUUCCUCGAAUUCAGAGAACAGUGAAGUGCAUCUCAUGCCUGAGCAGAGAAUACUGGUGGAGAAGUUCUCUGUGUCCCUGAAGGCCAUCCCGCCAGUACAUCCAGGUGAGACUGUGUUCCUGCCCAGGCGUCAUCCCCUGCCCUGCGUCUUGGACUCCUCACACCUGAAGCCGCACAGCCACCUGGAAGAGCUGUUCCUCAGCUCCCCGCCAGACCAGCAGCUCGGCUUCCUGCACAGUGGCCUCCUGAGCAACCUCUACCUGCACGCCUCCGACUGCCCCGUGCCUCUGCUCCAGUGGCUGUUCCAGCUGCUUACGUGGCCUCCAGAAACUUCCUCAAGAGCGUUUGGUCUCCUUUGGGAUCUCAGUGUGGAUGGGCUCUUCUGUCAGUCUGAUGAAGACAUGCGCCUGUGGUGCCCCUCGCUGGAGCAGCUCGCAGAGGCGUUCCACAGCCUGGGAGCCCCCCGCCCCGACCCCUGCGCGCCGGGGCCCUCGCAGCUCAGUGGCAGCAUGGCCGAGAACAAAAUCAGCCUGAGUUGUCGGGAGCAGGAGGACGCCCCACAGGAGGUGGCCCUGGACAUCAGCCUGAGCUACAUUUACAAGUUCCUGAUGCUGUGCGUCCUCAUGCGGCCCGGCAGCUUCUCUGACCAGAGCCUCCUGCAGCUGAUGGAGCUGCUGUGCCGCGCGGGCCUGGACGUGGGGCUGCGGCUGCUGCCCAAGACAGACCUGCAGCAGCUGCUGCUCCUGCUCCUGGAGGGCGUCUGUGACUGGCCGGGGAAGCUCCAGCCCCUGUGCAGCGCCCUCAGCCGGGUGUCCAACCAUCACCACAACCUGCUGGCCCUCGUGCAGUUCUUCCCAAACGUGACCGCCCGCGGCAGGGAGCUUCGGAGCCAGCUCAGCCUCGUCGUCAUCACCCGGAUGCUGGGCCAGCAGGACGCGCUGCCUCUCUGGCGAGAGAAGACCCCGCUGACUCUGCUCGGCCAGCUCCUGAGCCGCAUGAGGCCCUCGUCCCUCCGGCAGCACCUGCACGCCGAGCUCCUGCCGAGCGGCCCGACGCGGCAGCAGCAGCAGGCCGGCGCCGAGCUGGACCACAAGGUCUGCUACCUGUGCCACAGCCUCCUGAUGCUGGCUGGGGUGGUGGUCAGCAGCCGGGACAUCACUCCAGACCAGGGGGGAGAGCUGCAGCUGCUGUGUAUGCAGUUGGACCGCCACAUCAACACCCAUAUCCGGGAGAGCCCACAGGCCAUGCACCGGACCAAGCUCAAGGACCUGGCCACCCAGAUGUACAUCCGCUGGCAGGAGCUGCUGACCCACUGCCAGCCCCAGGCUCAGUAUUUCAGUCCCUGGAAAAGCACGUAAAGAGGCAAGGGUGAGGCAGCCCAGAGCCCUUCAUUCCA